UCGAAAAGAAUCAUACUCACAAUCCUCUGAUUUUCUCAUGGCUCACAACCCUUUCUUCAACCUGAGUUCUAAGCGAUCCUCUAGCUUUCCUACUCAAAACAAUUCUCCCCGUCUUAAUCAAGACGAUCAAGAACUCCCUAUGCCUCAAAACAAUUCUUUCGAUCUUGAUCACCACUCUGAAGAAUUCCCUGAUUUUCGUGCGCCUCCAAACAAUUCUCACGGGAUUUAUCAUGACUAUCAAGAAUUCCAUAAUUUUCCUGUACCUCGAAACAUCCCUCCUGAUUGGACUCCUCAACAAUUUCCUAAUUUUCCAACGACUCGAAACAACUCUCCCGGUAGGACUCCUCAACAAGUCCCUAAUUUUCCAAUGACUCGAAACAACUAUCCCGGACCUGACUCGAGUCCUCAACAAUUCUCCAAUUUCCCGAUGGCUCCUGAUUUUCGAGUAGCUCGAAACAACUAUCCGGGACUUGAUCAAGGCCCUCGCAAAAACCAGGUGGAUGUCUCGUUAACGUUAGCCAAGCACUUUCUGUUAAACUAUGGCAAAGAUUCAAACCUCGUCUUCUCUCCGAUAUCCAUACAAGUUGUUCUUAGCUUGCUUGCGGCUGGUUCCAAUGGCCAAACCCGAGACCAGCUUCUCUCUUUUCUUAAAGCUGAAAGUGUAGAUGAACUCAACUCAGUCUAUGCACUUCUUGUUGAUGUUGUGUUUGCUGAUGGUUCCUCCUCGGGUGGUCCUCGCGUGUCCGUUGCCAAUGGUGUUUGGCUUGACGAGUCCCUAUCGUUCAAGGAUGCGUUCCAGCAGGUUGCGGAAACAAUGUACAAGGCAGCUUCUCAUCGUGUCGAUUUUCAGAACAAGGCUGAGGAGGUAAAACACUUGGUGAAUUCUUGGGUCGAAAAGGAGACCUGUGGCCUUAUAAAAAAUAUUCUGAAUUCAGUCGAAAGGUCAACUCAGCUGAUAUUAGCCAAUGCCCUGUAUUUCAAAGGAGAAUGGUCUAGCCCAUUCGACGCAUUCCUUACAAGAAACUAUGACUUCUACCUCCUCAAUUCCAGCUCUAUUCAAGUACCCUUCAUGACCAGCAACAAGGAUCAAUAUAUCAGUGUUUUUGAUGGUUUCAAAGUAUUAGAGCUUCCUUAUCAACAAGCCCGGAACCAAAGUUGGGAGAAAAGGCUUUCUUUUUCCAUGUACAUUUUCCUGCCAGAUGCAAUAGACGGCCUGCCAGCACUGGUAGAGAGAGCUGGUUCAGAACCUGGAUUCCUUGAUCGCUAUGUUCCAAGUCGAAGAGUUGAAGUUGGAGAGUUCCGAAUUCCAAAAUUUAAAUUUGAGUAUAACAUUGAAGCAAGAGAAGCGUUACAGAGCCUAGGACUGGUCUCGCUCUUUGGUCCAUCAGGAGGUCUCGGGGAGAUGGUCUCUAAUUCUUUCCCUCUCUUUGUCUCCCGAAUAGUGCAUAAAUCCUUUAUUGAAGUCGAUGAAAAAGGCACUGAAGCUGCUGCUGCAACCGUUUUUUGCACGGCCCCGGGAUCAAGUUGUAUACCUCGGGUAAAGGUUGUGAUUGACUUUGUUGCAGACCACCCAUUCUUGUUUGUCAUUCGGGAAAACGCUACUGGAAUGGUGGAGUUCAUAGGUCAUGUGCUUAAUCCUUCAGUUCAUGCUUGAACUGCCACUAGCUAGUCUUAUCUUCUGCGUUACAAUUAUUUUCAGAUUAGUUACUUGCUUCAUUUUUCCGCCUUCAGUUGCUAGUGUUUGGUGAUACCAAUGGUGAUGUCGAUGAGGCUCAUGCUCAGCACCUGCUGGAUUGUAGUAUUAAGCUCCCUGUUUUGAAUGUUAUUAAUGAUGAUGAUGGUGAUGUUGAUUUUGCUCGUAUUAUUGAGUUUAAUAACUCUGUUGCUGUUAUGAUGACUGGUUCGAGUAGGAACAUCAACGUGUGGACAUUGGAUGAUGAUGCAUGCCUUGGAGUUGGUGGAGUUGAGGCAUCCUGGACGCAAUGUUUAGCAUUGAUACACGUAUGCAACCUGAUAAGUUUUAUGACUACUUCAGCAGUGGGAUUCUCGUAUUACUACUAAUAAAUUAAAAUGUGGAUUUCGUGUAAUGCUGACAAGAAAGAGGCCAAGUUUGCUCCACCUUUGGUUGAUAUGGCUGAACAUCAUCAAGAUAAUGUAAUUUUCAAGUACAAGGAGAGCCUGAUGUCACUCGCAGGAUUCAGACAUGUCAACUAAAAUGUUGAUGAUUCUGGUAUCAUUAUGUUUACCAAUGAUGGCAGUAUCUCUUUUAUCGUAGUCACUUAUUAUUGAAGGCAUUUUGAAUUUCCUUUCGCUGUAAACUAUUCAUCUCAUUUACAUUUACUGAAUCUGUUUUAAACAACUAUGAUAUUUAACAACGUUCCCGUGAGCUGUUAUAUUUUGCAUACUGAUGCGGGUAUCAAUUGUUUUUAUAUUUUUGUCUUGCAUUGUUUUCACUUCUAAUUUUCUCUUGGCCCCUGUUACAUAUAGAGCAAGCACUCAAAUCCUCACAGGAAUCGACAGUUUGGGGAAGUCAUCCUUUAACUGAUAGAUGAAGAAUAUAUGAACAGCUUGAUUUUUUUGCACAAAUUGUGAUUACUCUGAAUCAGAUAUGAACUUGGUGCCAUAAGAUAAUUUUCGAUUAUCAUCAUCUACACUUCAAGGUUAGUUCUCUUCUGGUGCUGUUUUCCUUGUACUCUCUACUUUUGUCAUGCCAAAUUGUUUAAUUUUGACAAGGACCAGGCCAAGAUUGUCCCACUUUCUGCUAAAAUGGCUUAUCGGCAUUUUGAGUAUUACAAGUAUACGGAGAGCCUAGUUUCACUAGAAGGAUUCAGACAUGUCGACUAGAAUGUUGGAAGAUUAUAGGAAAGCAGCACUGAUUCGGGUAUUUUUGUACUGGCUAAUGAUGGCAGUAUAUCUAGUUUUUGAAGUCACUUACGAUAGAAGGCUACAUCUAUGUGCU